AUGAGCACUCCAAUAUAUGCUAAUAAAACUUUGCCGGUGUCUCCCUCUUUUCCAACUGGGACGACAAGUAAAAGAUUAAACUUCAAGAUAUGGUUUCACCAAACACUAUUUAGAGAAGAAUACGAUGAUCAUUUCAAAAAUGACGAAAUUAUCUCUCUUGAUGAGAUGGAUGAUUUGAGUUUGGUACCAUCAUUCAAAAAAUCCCCUUCGUGUUCCACCCCAUCUUCAAAUAUAUCGUCUGCUUCAAAUAUUGCAAAAAACCAAGUCACUGAAGACAAGAGUAGUCAAUUUAAAAGACACAGAUUAAAGAAUUUGAGAAAGCGUUUGAAGGUCAAAAUUCACCAUUUCAGGCACAGACCUGUUGAAAAGAGUGUAGAGCUUUUAAAGGUUAACGAAACAUGUAAAGCGUCAACCGUAGAAGAAACAGUUGAAUGGUUUAAUUUGUUUACUGACAUAUCUAAUAACUUCGAAACUUUAUUUAAAGACAAUUUGAAAAGAGAGUUCGAUGUUGAUGAGAGUCUAGAUGAACUCAGAAAUAUCAACUUACCAUACGGAAACGAAAAUGAAAUUAUUCAAAAGCUAGGAUUAACUGAUAAAUCAAGCAAAAAUCACGAAGUCGUGAGACCUGAUUCUCAAGAUGAUGCGCAAGAUACCGUGAUAAAGCACUCUCUUGACAGAGCCUUAGGGAGUAUUAAGAGGAACUCCAGUGAUGAAAUGUUUGAAGGCACGAUUCGGAAGCGCCAAUGUCCAAAAAUGGCCAAGGAAGAGGAAGGGUUUUCUGUCGAUAACGGGAACCCCCCCUCUUUGGCAUCAGGUUUUACUAUCAGUGACUUGGAUUCUGUUGCGAAAGCCCCGCCUCUGUACCUUACUGGACUAGCAAAUUCCGGUGGAUUUAAGAAAGAUGGAGCUCUGAGCGAGACAGUCGAUAGUCUGAAGAUAAUUAAUACAGGAGCCAAAGGCUCUAAAGAUGAGUAUUCCUCCGUCAGCACUAUAUAUAGAAAAUCAACUUCGUCGGAUUCUACAGCAUCUGCAAAUUUGGUCAAGGUAUUCACUAUUCCAACAUUUAGGUCCAAGAAUGGAUCAGUAAAUAUAACUUCAAUGGUCAAAGAGAUUGAAAGCAAAAAACUUGAUGAUAGGCAGCUGGUCAGAUUGGCAAGAACUGGGUUGGUAAGCCGUGAGACACUUUCAUUCAAAGAUAAGAGGUUUUAUGAUGAUGAUGAUUACGAUGAUGUGUCAGUAAACUCACAUGAACAUCAGAGUAGCAAUGUAACGGAUAGCGGCCCAGAAGAUGAAAAGAGUGAAAUUCAUGAAACAACUGAAGCUCGUGUUACAUUUAAUCAAUAUUCGAGUUUGGUGGUGUAUAAACCUUCUAAAAAUUGUCAAUCAACAAAAAACACUGUUAAGUUUAUGUCUGAGCAGGUUGCUGAUAGUCCACAGAAUCUGAAAAUUCAACAAGCCAUUCCAGAACCACCACAAAAACAGGAGGCUAAAUCAAUUUUGAAAAUACGGCCAAAUUCGAAGGAACAAGAGGAAAAUAAAAGAGCUACCAGCUGUGAUAAAGUUGACGUAAGUGCAUUCUUGGAUUAUUUUGAAAAGUUUGAAAGUAAAAGGCAAUCGGAAGGCUCAAAUUUGGGUAGAUUUAGGGAUAGGCAGUUGACUCAUUAUUAUUCUGAGCUUUUUUUCCCUGAGCUUUUACAAAACUGGAAAAAAAGUGAACAUGUUGACACUGACUAUACAAAAAGUAAGAAAGCCACUGAGUUGAAUAUCGGCAGAAAAAUUAUUGUGACGCCAGAGUAG